AUGGCGCCGAGCCCGAGAACGCCGCGUUCCGUCACCAGUAAUGGUCGGCCGAGCCGGCAGAAGGCGUCGCUGCUGGCGACCAACUCACGGCGGCGCGAAAGGGAUGCCACUGCGGCUGCUACUGAGCCGCCCCCGAAGCGACGACGAUAUGUUCCGGGCGGUCCUGGCGGGGGUGGUCGAUUUAUAGAUAAGGACGGAAACGAAAUCCCCGGCGGCCGACCCAGCCCAGCAAGCGCAACCGCCGCCCGCCCGAGAGCGCGACAGAGCAUCUCCUCCACCACCGCCCCGUCGCCCAUCUACCCACGACGCGAGCGCAGCACCCGCAUCCGAACUGCGACACGAAUCGAUCCGGACGACGAGAUGCAGAUCAGUUCCGCAGCUGCCGUGGCUGCGGCUGUGGUACAGAGCGAGGGCUACAAGCCCAGAGAGGAACGAGGCUGGGAGGAGUUCCACCCGAAUCUAGACAUCGAUGCCACCUUCAUGGUCUUCCACGCGGAUGACGUUGAUGGCACGGCAAAAUCGGCGCCUGGGACCCCGUCUGGGCUCCUCACAGGCGCGGAUCCUUACAAGGCCGGGAGUCCGAUGAAGGACGCGAUUGGCGCAUCUGGAAGCGCUGCAAACACCCCUACAGUCCCGGCCAACGGCUCCGCUUCAAACAUGGAGCUCGCCAUGACAACGCCGCGACGGCGCUCCAACCGACCGAGGGACUCAUACUUCCCAUAUCGCAACGACUUUGGGGCCACCCCGAAGACACCAAAGGUGCUGCCGAUAUAUAACCAGACUCCCAAGGAGCGCCUGGAUCUCAAGCAACCCCAGUACCGCAAGACCGACCGUAUCCUCCUUUUCGAGAGCAAGAAGUUCGGACAGGCCAAGUAUGUCGACAAGGCAAUGAUGAACGUCGGCUACCAAGAAAGCGACAACUUCAUUCGACCGGACGACAAGCUGAUCAAGGCAACCGAUGCCAAUGUCGAGGAUGAGGCGGACAGUGCCAUACCAGGCAAAGCGGAUGGCGAGUCCAGCUCGCAUACCCAUGCCUUGGGCCGGGUCGAGUAUGAUAUGGACGAGCAAGACGACAUGUGGCUGGAGGCAUACAAUGAGCAGCGAAAGUCACAAGGCUGGAGCGCGGUUACUCGCGAGCAUUUUGAGAUCACCAUGACCAAGAUUGAGAAGGAGUGGCAUGCCCUAGAGAAGAGAAUCCCGAAGCCCAACCCGAAACCACCACAGACACAUCGCCCCCGUUCCAGCUCCGCUGCGGCCGUUAAUGGAGAGCCGCAGGCAGGUGAAGAGCAAGAUAGUAAAUGUGCUAUUUGCGAUGAUGGAGACUGUGAGAACACAAACGCCAUUGUCUUUUGCGACGGUUGUGAUCUGGCAGUACACCAGGAGUGCUAUGGCGUGCCGUUCAUUCCCGAGGGUCAAUGGCUUUGUCGGAAAUGUCAGCUUAUUGGGCGAGGCGUUCCGACUUGCAUAUUCUGCCCCAAUUCAGAUGGGGCUUUCAAGCAGACUAACUCGUCAAAAUGGGCCCAUUUGCUCUGUGCAAUGUGGAUUCCCGAAGUCACCCUUGGGAACCACACUUUCAUGGAGCCACAGCAGAUGGGCGCCUGCAUUCAGUGUGGUAACAAAUCUUGCUACCAGGCAUUCCAUGUCACCUGCGCACGUCGAGCAAAGCUAUUUCUGCGAAUGAAAAACAGCUCCGGCGCUCUUGAUGUUCUAGACGGAAGCACAAAUCUGAAGGCACUCUGCGACAAGCACUGUCCCUCAGAGUACGCCAAGGAGAAUGGUGUGUCACGCGCCACCAAGCGCGCCAAGAAGUUCUAUCGAAAGACUAUGCGAGAUCGCAUCUGGGCCAACAGCCAAGCAUCUGCCCUCGCCAUUGCUGCAUCCCAUCGAAACGCCCUUACAGAGCACCCGCCUGAUGAGUCGCAGAUGACGGGAGCGAAGCUCUCUGCAGUCCUUGGCGAUCCAAAGAAGGGUCAGGCUGGAAAGCCCAUCUGGAAACUCCCGUCCGGUGCACCGGUCAUUCCGCAGGCUGUGUUUGACACCGUCGACUCGUCGCUGCAACGAUUCUCCAUUCUCAAGCGGAAAGAGUUUGUGAGCGAUGCCUGCCGCUACUGGACACUGAAGCGCGAGAUGCGACGAGGCGCUGCUUUGCUUAAGCGACUCCAGCUUCAGAUGGAAACAUUCUCCUCUAUGGAGCUGACUCGACGCAAUUUUGCAGCUAUGGGACCCUCCGGAAAGACGCGCUUGGCCAGACGCAUUGAAUUCGCCGAGACCCUCAUCAAAGAUCUUGAGCAGCUUCAGGCCAUGUCCCAGGAGGUAGUCAGACGAGAAGAAAUGAAGCUAGAGAACGCCAGGUUGGAACAAGCCUUUGUUGACACAUGCUAUUUCCCGAUUUACAAAACUCUACCACAAAUUGUAAUCAAGGCUUUGCAAUUGAAUAAUAUGAAGAAUGUAUUCCAAGAGGGGCUGCUCAAGUUACAGCUGAAGGUCGAGGCAAGGUACUACGUGACGGUACUCACGUUUGCCCAGGGUCUUUGUGACGUGAUCCAUACGGGUGUCAACUCUGAAUGGAAGGCUCCGCCACAAGCACAGCCGAAGUUCGAUAGUGUCGUCGCCCCAAUCACCAAAACUGACUAUUCCGAUAUCCGGGAACGCAAAAAGCUUGGGAAGCGAAUCAUCAAGAUGGCCCAGCCUCUGCUGGAGGCAGCCCUUCGUCUCGAGUCAGAAGUUACGCACAAGUCAUUUGACAACCUCAAGCAAGAGCUUGAAGGUAUGGUUGAGGCUAGUUUUGAGCUUCAACACAAUGUGAUCGUGGCCUCAUCUGAUGCCGACCAAAGCAAGGAUGUUAUCAUGGUUGAUUCUUCCAACGCUGAGAUCACUGUUGCUGAUCCCUCGAAUCAAGAUGACGCUCUUGAUGAUGAAGAGCAGGCGGAUGUUAUUAUGGCAGGAGACGAUGGGCAUGCCAAAGACGGCGGCAGCAUUGAAGUUGACACAUCAAAUGUCGGUGACAACACGAGUGUCGACGACAAGCCAUUGCACAAAGAACCGGCAGACACGGAGAUGCUUAACAUAACCGACAACUCAGCCGAUUUGGCAAACAGCAAUUCCGUGGAUACACCACCUGCCACUAACGGAUACGUGGCUGCGCCGCAAGUAUCCCAACCCGUGCCACCUACCCCUCCUCAAUCUACUGGAAGUCUGGGGAAGGAGCAGAUCAACCCACUCACAGAUGGCGGUCUUGCUUGGUAUCUCAAGGGGUUUGAGCCCGAGGGAACCUCCGCCGUCACCGAACCGGUACCUACGGACGCAGAUCCGGAUUUCAGUGAGGAGUUGACCGAGAUGGAUGAAGACGAACUCAAGGGGCUCGGUGUCGACAUCCAGGACACCGAAGUCGCCACGUCGCCCAUGAGUACGGCUGCUGCAGAGGCAACUGUCGCCGUCUCCCCGGCCAAGAAGCCAGCCAAGAGUAAGAAGCGUAAGGCGACGACUUACCGAGGAAGGAGAUGA